AGCAAAAUUAUUGUUUUCCUUUUUCAUAUCGGAUGACCCCAAACCAAGAACCUCCUGACUCAGCAAUCAUCCAGCUGCUCCUGCAGUUCCAAUGGACGUGGAUCGGCGUCCUUUCUCAGGACAAUGAAAGAGGAGAAAAAUUCAAAAGACGCUUGGAAGUUCUUGCUCUAAAAAAUGGGAUUUGCAUUGUUCUCUCAGGAACCGUCCCAGAAGGAAAUAUGCAUAUAAGUGCUGGAGAAACUCUCAUGCAAGAAAAAAGGAAAACGUUUCUUUCUCUAAUCAAGAGUCAAAUAAAAAUUAUAGUAUGCCAACUGGAUUUUCAGGCCUCGGGAAUCUUAGCAGUAAUAAUACAAACGAUGGAUACAUCCAUUGUGGGAAGGGUGUGGAUUGCAACAACUUUGACAGCUUUAAGUGUAAGUACUUUUGAUCUCUUGGUUGAUCUCCAAAAUAAAUAUGCUUUGUUUUCCUUCCUCAUCCAGACAAAGAGAAGGACUCAGUAUGAUGACAUUAACUCUUAUGCAUCUACGGUCAUAUUGUAUGGAAAGGAAGCAUUCCAAUGUUCUUAUUCAAGUCCUGUGUUAUCUAAGAAAGUCUGGAAAAAAUGCAGAGAAAAAGAGAAUUGGGAAUUCCCACCCCAUGAUGUGAUUGCAAGAAUACUGUCUCUGGAUUCCUCCAGUAUUUCCCAAAUAAUUCAAAUUGUGGCCUGGGUCCUCAGUGCUGCCUCUUCCUCCCAAUGGAAUAAUAGGAGAAUGCAAGUUGGAGACAAUCAACCAUCCCAGAUUGUACAGCCAUGGCAGGACAUUCCCACCGAUGGCCAGAGGGAGGAUGAGUAAAGUCACCAGGCAACCGGAUGACACCUUGAUUGGACCAUGUGACUGAUUGAUUGGAAAGAGGAGGAAAACUUUUACUUUUAAUUAGGUGAAAACUGUGGGAACAUUUAGAGUCAGCUUUCACCAGCCUAUGCCUAUAUGAUACAGUAUGUCUAAUAAAACUGAUAUUUGAUGAAA